AUGCGCAUUACAAUUCAUUUUAUUCUGAUCUAUACUCUGCUAACCAUUGGCGUUCAGUCUCAAGGCGGUGGUGGUGGUAGUGGAAGUAGAGGUGGUGGUAGUAGCAGCGGAAGUUAUAAAAGCAAUAACAAACCAUGUUCUACUUUUGAAUGUGAAAUGGCAAUCAUCGCUUUGAAAGUCGCUUCUGUAUUAAUCGCUGUGGGGAUCAUUAUAUGGUCAAUUAAAAAAUGGAUUGUUCAAUGUACAGGUGGUAGACCACCAGAAGAAAACACAGAAUUUAUCAAUCAAAAUUCUCGAAACAAUCUUAAUUUCGGCGAUAAUCCUUUCGUAGAUGGUGUCUGGUCUAGUCGAUACUAUCAAUAUGAUAAAUGGCAUACGUCUCAUCAAUUAUUGCUCUCGUUCAAUCGAUAUUCAUAUAAAGUAAGUGGUCAAGGAAGAGAUGACAUCGGUAGUUAUACUAUCGAUGGUAUCUUUUGUAUGAGAACUCUUCGCAUGGGUCUAACGAAGGUGUAUAAAGCAGGAACAGGAGAUCCUAUAGAGAAUCUUGGUCAUACGGUAACUAUACAAUUGACUUGGGAUUCACAGCAUAAUCGGUUCAGAGGGAAAUGGUAUACUCAAACAAAUAAAUAUCGUGGAGAAGGUCAAUUUGAAUUAAACUUCGAAGAAGCUUCGGCUCCAUUGCUCGAAACAAACAAUUGUGAUUGGCAGCCUGGUCUUUCGGUUGUAUAA